UCCUGCGGGAGGGUGGUGCAGGCUGUGCCCGGCCCGGCCCGGCCCGGCCUGGCCCGGCUAGGCUCGGCCCGGCCCGGCCCGGCGGCCGCAGCAUGUGAGCCCGCGGGGCGGGGAUGCUCUGGCUGCUCUGCGGCCCCUCCGGCGCCAUGGACAGCCAGGCGCUCGUCAUCCGCAUCAAGAUCCCCGACGGAGCCGCCGUGGACUGGACCGUGCACUCCGCGCCCCAGCUGCUCUUCAGGGAUGUGCUGGAUGUCAUUGGGCAAGUUUUGCCGGAUGCAACGACCACAGCAUUUGAGUAUGAGGAUGAGGAUGGGGACCGGAUCACUGUCAGAAGUGAUGAGGAGAUGAAGGCCAUGCUGUCCUAUUAUUACUCCACUGUGAUGGAGCAGCAAGUGAAUGGACAGUUGAUAGAGCCUCUCCAGAUCUACCCACGAGCCUGCAAACCUCCUGGGAAACGGAACAUACAUGGCCUCAAGGUGAACACGCGGGCAGGGGCUGCCAACAACAGCGGCUCGGCCGCCUCCGAGGCCCUCCCCAGCAAUAGCUUAAAAAAAUCCUCUGCAGAGCUGAAGAAAAUCCUUGCCAAUGGCCAGAUGAAUGAACAAGACAUACGAUACCGAGACAUCCUCGGGCACGGCAACGGAGGCACAGUCUACAAGGCAUAUCAUAUCCGUAGUGGAAAAAUCCUGGCAGUGAAGGUCAUACCCUUAGACAUAACCCUGGAACUCCAGAAGCAGAUAAUGUCAGAGUUAGAAAUUCUUUAUAAGUGUGACUCCUCGUAUAUCAUAGGAUUUUACGGUGCUUUUUUUGUAGAAAACAGGAUUUCAUUGUGUACAGAGUUCAUGGAUGGGGGUUCUUUGGAUGUUUAUAGAAAAAUUCCAGAACACGUUCUCGGAAGGAUAGCAGUGGCUGUUGUGAAAGGCCUGACCUAUUUAUGGAGUCUGAAGAUUUUACACAGAGAUGUGAAGCCAUCCAAUAUGCUUGUGAACACCCGGGGCCAGGUGAAGCUCUGUGACUUCGGGGUCAGCACCCAGCUGGUGAAUUCCAUAGCCAAGACGUAUGUUGGAACAAAUGCUUAUAUGGCGCCUGAGCGGAUUUCAGGAGAGCAGUAUGGGAUUCACUCGGACGUUUGGAGCCUGGGGAUUUCCUUCAUGGAGCUUGCUCUUGGGAGGUUUCCAUAUCCUCAGAUUCAGAAAAACCAGGGAUCUUUAAUGCCUCUCCAGUUAUUGCAGUGCAUUGUUGAUGAGGAAUCGCCGGUGCUUCCAGCCGGGGAGUUCUCGGAGCCAUUUGUGCACUUCAUCACUCAAUGCAUGAAGAAGCAGCCAAAGGAAAGGCCAGCACCUGAAGAUUUAAUGGGCCACCCCUUCAUCGUGCAGUACAACGACGGCAACGCCGAGGUCGUGUCCAUGUGGGUGUGCAGGAUGCUGGAGGAGCGGCGAUCCCAGGGACCACAGUGAGCUCUGCGGCGUCCCAAGAGCUCUUCCUGGACCAGGAUCACCAGCCUUGGACUCACAGUUUAUCCAGAUCAUGUUUUGCUCCAAAUAUUCCCUAGAAGCAUCAACAAAAUCAGGAUAUUUGUUGGCCGUCUUUUCACAUUAAGGAGUUUUCUUCCCACGUUUCUUUUGUUGCUGAGCAAUUUCCAGAUUAUCUUCAGUUAUACUGUACACAGCCUUAAAGCAAGUAUUUUCUAUCUCUAUUUUUGGGUUACUGAAUGUACUAUUUCCUGACUCCAGA